CGCCGUUGUUCAGCCUCGCGCCUCCGCCAUUGUUCAGCCUUGCGCCUCGCGUGGCCGCUGCUUGGCUUUGCUCUGUCCUCCAUCCAAUUCUGAGUCAAUAACAAAAGCAAACCGACACUGUCACUCCUACCCUUCUCCCUUCCCGACCCUACUUAAAUCGGUCCCAACCGUCUUUCUGACGUGGACAUCAUACAAACCACCAUUGCGCAGGCCACUCGUGACCAAGUUCGCAACGAUGUGUCGGUUUCUGGUCGGUCAACCUUGGUCACCAUUUGCUACUGUAGUAUCCUACUGACCCCUAAUUUUAGGUCUUCAAAGGAUCGGAUGAGAUUCUACUCUCAAAGUUGAUCCUAGAUCCUACCCAUUCAAUUCUUACCCAGUCAUUCGACUCUCGACUUCGUUUGGACAUGCGACGACCACACAAUGGUUGCACUCCCCAAUCCUCGUACCAAAGCAUUAUACUGAUGAUCUUGCAGGUGAUGGCUUUGGAAUUGGAUACUACACCGACCCUAAACUUGGCCCUGAGCCUUGUAUCUUCACUUCUACCACUCCCGCCUGGAACUGCAUUAAUUUGCAACGAAUCGCCUCCAAGACUGCUUCCCCUCUGAUCUUCGCACACGUUAGAGCCACCACGGAAGGUUCUCUCAGUGAUGAUAACUGCCACCCUUUCAAUCAUGGAAGUUUGAUGUGGAUGCACAAUGGUGGCUUGGGAGGAUGGAAAUAUAUCAAGCGACGUCUGGGAGAGAGAUUGGCUGAUAAAUGGUAUCUUGGUGUUCACGGAGGCACGGAUAGCGAAUGGGCGUUUGCAUUGUUCCUGGAUACCUUGGAGAGAUCGGGUCAUAAUCCAAGUGCUCCUCCACCAGGCGGAUUUGGACCCACCGUUUUACGAGGAGCAAUGCUGGCUACCAUCAAGCAAAUUAACGACUUCAUCGCCGACAUUCCAGAUGAGAUUGUUGAGAGCGAGAAUGUAGACACUCGAAGUUUACUCAAUUUCGCAGUGAGUGAUGGACACAGUGUGAUUUGCACAAGAUAUGUCAGUAGCCGAACCGACGAGGCAGCAAGUUUGUACUAUUCAUCUGGUACAACAUGGGAGGACAAGAGUAGCAAAGGAGAAUAUCAGAUGGAUCGUCGAGACAAGGGUGCGGAUAUUGUACUUGUUGCUAGCGAGCCCUUGACAUUUGAGAGAGGUGGGAAGCUCAUCAAAACUCUUGUGAUACCAUUCAGCUAACACCAAGCAGAAAGCUGGGUCACGGUCCCUACUAACUCCACUCUCACAAUUCAUAAACAAACCGUCAUGGUGCACCCCAUCAUCGACGAAUAUUACAGCUACAACCCAUAUCACCGACGAUCAUCCAAAUUCGCUCAAGAUAAGGGACUUGUCACAAACGAGAAGGGCAUCACGAGUCCCACUGGAACUCCUGGAACUCUCGCCAUCUCCUCCCCUAAACCUCCUUCUCCGAUGGGAGGCGAUGCAUCGAGAUUAAACUUCCAUCAUAGUAUUGCCACCACACUUGUCCCGUCAACACACGGCGUCAUAUCUCCAGCUCCAUCUCCACUAAGCGAAUACGCUCCUCACAAACCUCUUGAGAAGAAGCCUGCAGUUUCCGACAUUCGUCAAAUCACCGCUCUUCAUUCCCUUCGAACCCAAAGCCGCUCUUUCUCCGCGAGAACCCCAGAAAUGGGCAAUACAAAGAAGAAGCGCACAGUUCUUGAAGGCGAAGAUAUAGAUCAUCCUGCUCAGAUGGAACCAGCUACACCUCCUCGACCUGCGACCUCGUAUGGCAAUCGCACGAAAAUCAACCAAUAUUUUCCCGAAUUGGGUUAAGGUCUGAGAUUGAGUGAUGGUGAUGGUACGGGAUAUGGAUAUGAUUGUACAAUGGUAUGAAGGGAUGUUUCCUGGCGUAGGUACUGAAUGGAGUGUUGGUGUCAUCUGGCGUAAAAUUAGCGGGCGAGCGGGCGUGAAUUUGGUGUUUGUUUUAGGGAGAGCUUUUGCAUCUUUGCAUCGCAAAUACCCCUUUCCACAUGGUUUGUUAAGCAAGACAGGCAGGCGUAUGUAUGGGUAUGAUUCAUGGAUGGGGUUUGCCAGCUUGCAUUCAAUUUAAAAUAGACUUGUAAUAGAAAAAGUUCUAC